GUAUCAAACACUUCGACCCUAGUUAAGGAGAGAAAAACAAAGAAACCAACAAUUCAUAUAUAAAUAGGUUCGUUCGGGAUGCUUUCGAGGAGAGCCUUGGACACUGAUGUCCCCGUCAUGACUCAGAUUCGGACACUAACGGCGGAACUGACCAACCCCAUGUCUCUCGCCCAGGGCGUGGUGUAUUGGCAGCCUCCUCAACAGGCUUUAGACAAGGUCAAGGAGCUUGUCUGGGAUCCUGCCAUUAGUUCUUAUGGACCUGAUGAAGGUUUGCCUGAGCUACGAGAGACUCUUCAUAAAAAGCUGCGUGAAGAAAACAAGCUUACCAAAUCUGUUGUGAUGGUUACUGCUGGUGCCAAUCAGGCUUUUGUGAAUCUUGUCCUUACACUCUGUGAUCACGGUGAUUCGGUCGUCAUGUUUCAGCCAUACUACUUCAAUGCAUAUACGGCCUUCCAGAUGACUGGAGUCACCAACAUCAUUGUUGGUCCUCGCCAUCCACAGACUCUCUAUCCCGACGCAGACUGGUUAGAGAGGACGCUCUCUGAUUCAAAACCGACCCCAAAAGUUGUAACUUUUGUGAAUCCUGGUAACCCAAGCGGCACCAAUGUCUCUGAACCGCUGCUCAAGAGGAUUUCAAAGAUAUGCAAAGAUGCAGGGUGUUGGCUUAUUAUAGACAACACAUACGAGUAUUUCAUGUAUGACGGUUUAAAACAUUGUUGCGUUGAGGGAGACCAUGUUGUUAACAUCUUCUCCUUCUCUAAAACCUAUGGCAUGAUGGGUUGGAGGCUUGGAUACAUAGCUUACUCAGAGAGAUUAGAUGGGUUUGCGGCAGAGCUCUUGAAAGUUCAAGACAACAUCCCAAUAUGUGCCUCCAUAAUAUCUCAGCGACUGGCUAUACACGCGUUAGAGGAAGGUGCUGGGUGGGUAAGAGAACGGGUAAAGGGUCUGGUGAAGAACAGGGAGGUUGUUAAAGAGGCUCUUGAGCCGCUGGGGAAGGAGAACGUCAAGGGAGGAGAAGGAGCGAUUUACCUGUGGGCAAAACUACCGGAGGAACACGGAGAUGAUGAUUUCAAGGUGGUGAGGUGGCUGGCUCACCGUCAUGGUGUGGUGGUGGUCCCGGGGUGUGCAUGCGGUAGCCCGGGGCAUAUCCGUGUUUCGUUUGGAGGGUUGAAGGAGGGAGAAAUGAGGGCGGCUGCAGAGAGGCUGAGGAAAGGAUUAGAGGAGCUGGUUCAGCGUGGAAUGAAAUGAAAUGAAGGUCAAAAAAAGAUGGUUACUUUGCGUAUUAUCCAAGUUAUUAUAGCUUUUUAAUACUAAUAAGAAAGAGUGUCUCGAUGUAGCUGAU